UCGUCGUCGUCCCCUUCCUCCCCCAAAUCCAGGACAGAUUAGAAAGCGAGAGAAAGGAGGGAGGCUGCGAGCGUCAAGGCGAUCUCUCCCCCGGAGCCGGAGCCCGCCCGCAUUUGCCUCGCCCGCCGCGAGAUCUCGCCGGGUCCCCUCCUCUCGUCGAUCCGGGCCGGGGCGUUUCCCCGUCCCCGAGCGGCGGCGGGUUUGGUUUUGAUUCCCGUUCCUGGAGGGGGUUUCUCGUUGUGGGACGCGAGCCCCUUUGGUGCCCGUGGAAGCGGAAGCAACGCCCAGCGUGGUGCGUUGCUGGCUGGGGGCCGAAUCUGGUGUGGCGGCUCCCUGUUCUCCUCCCCGUCGGGUUCUUUUCAGAUCAGAGAGCGAGUGAAGUGAUUGACUCUUAGGGUGGGUUAGUGGGAACUUCUGGCUUUCUGGUUGUUGUGGCCGCUUGAUCUUCUCCCGGCGACUAAUUUUUAUUUGCUCGGAAAAAGGUUUUCUGCUGCUGCUGCGGGCUGCGGCGCCUAGAAAGGCACAAAGAUCCUGACUUCAGAUGGUGUAAGAAUCUUUCCUCGUGGUUGAUUCUCCAUAUAGCUGCUCUUCAAGAUGGAACAGAUAUCAGUUGGGCAUCGUUAUAAGGAGUGCAGACCAAGAAGAAGUAGCAGCUGUCCGACGAAACUACUUGUUGGGAAGGAUGUGUUGAAAGAGUUGGAGCAGAGGCGGUCGUCACCCAGUGUGAUUGCAAAACUGAUGGGGAUUGAUGUAUUGCCACCAACUUAUGUAGCCAAUAAUCGGCACCAAGAAUUCAAGGAUGUCUUUGAAGUGUCAGAGGAGCCACCAGAGGCUGUCACAAAAGAGAGAUCUCAUCCUUUUCCUAAAGGGUUGCCAAGCUUAAAGCGAAGCGCGAUGAGAUUCAAAAGACUCAUGCCAUCAAAGUCUCCCUAUGGCGAUGGAACAUUUGAUAAUGAUUUGGAGUACAGAAAUGGCAUACAUCACCUGAACUCACUAGAGAUAGACAAUCCUUUGUUUGAGAAGCGCCCCCAUGAUGUGAAUUAUUCCCCGAAUCAUCAACAUGAGAGAGAUACUGCAAGUACUUUCAGGAAAUACCCUGUGGGUUUAGCUAACUCCUCACUUAGAGAUAUCAGAAAUUCAUCAAGACAAGAUUACGGAGGUUUCAAUGACAUUGUUGUUUUGGAGCCUGGUUUGAGAAACUGUCAUGAUCAAGAGAACUCUUUUUCCAUGCCAUUCUUCCCUGAUGUCAAUAAGAAUUCAAGGAGAGAUAAGAAGCAGAAGCAGGCUGAGUUUGCUGUAAUGAGCAAUCAGAGGGUUUCACAGCAUUUUUUAGAUGCUGAAGAUGUUAAUCUGGCUAGAAUUAAAAAAGAAAGGCACUUCACUGUCAAUGCCAUCAAUCCACUGUCAAAGGGACAGGAGCCGUCAUUUGAUCAAUUCAACAUGGCAGAUCUGAAUAGCACUGGGUCAUCUCAGAGGUAUGCUAGCGGUGAUGUUAACUACAGGAAAAAUAACAUGUCAUCAUCGAAUAGCUUGCGUUGGAAAAUCUUCCGGAAGUAUGAGCAAGGUGAUGUCGGAUCGAAAACUCUUGCAGAGAUGUUUGCUUUAUCUGAUUCCGAGAGGGUAAGGAGAAAUCCGGACUCACAUGCUCAGGUUGAGCAGAAUAAACUUGACCAGGGCACAGGUCACAGCAAGGAAGGAUGCUUCAUAGUUUUACCAACGCAUGCACCUCCAUUGCCAAUUCACAGCUCAUUGGACAAAAGUUCUUCUGGCGGAGGGUCCCCUUACAGUGAAAAUUUCUCCAACAUUAGUUGUAACAGUAGCAAGUUUCACGUUGAUUCUCUUCGGGCUAAACCAAGUCUCAAACAAAUUGCCAGAGACAGCCAAAGUAACAUGAGGAAUGCUUCUAUUGUAAAAAAUAUCGCCUUGGAGCAGUGGGGCCCUGCUUCUUCUUCUCCUUCACUUGAUGAAUCCAGAUCUCAUUCGUGGCGUCUUGCUGACAACAUUUCAGCUUCUGACUGCAUAAAUGAGAAAGUAUUGUUCGCGACAGAUGAAGACUUAGUCCUAGAGCCUGCUGAAACUGUAACUUCUGCAUUUCACUCGCCGUUAUCUAAGGAACGAAAGGUUUCAGCAAUGCCUUUCCAGCGCCAUGACUAUGACUCCAUAACUAUUUCUAAUCCUGUUGAUGCGCCAAAGGCUUGUAAAAGUUCCGAAGAGUUUCAGCAACCAAGCCCAGUGUCCAUUCUCGAGCCCCCAACUGAUGAAGACAGUUAUUGUUCCGGAUUUUUCAUGCCUGCCUUGCAGGACAUGCCCAAUGUCAGGAACCGAAUAAGCAAUUGUCGACUCCGAGAUGAGCCUGAAGUCUCCACGUCAAGUGACGAUGACAAUGAUUCUUCUUACCAAUCUUUGGAAGCUUUUCAGGUUGAGGAGGACAGAGACUUCUCAUACCUCCUCGAAAUACUUAUAAGCUCUGGUAUGAUAGUAGCUGACUGGCAGCUCUUGUGCAAGUCAUGGUACUCGCCUGGUUUCCCUGUUGGCCCUCAAGUCUUUGACAGGCUUGAGAGGAAGUACAACAAGGUUACUACAUGGUCAAAGCCAGAGAGACUACUUCUUUUUGAUCUUGCAAAUUCUGUUCUUUCCGAUGUCCUUGCACCAUGCACCGAUAUGCACCCAUGGGUGAGUUCUAGAAGACAGUGCAGCCCUAUUUGGGGCCCUGAAGGACCGGUCGAGAAGGUUUGGCAGAUGAUGGUCAGGCAGCAAGCAGAGCUUGGCAUAGGACAUCCUGAUGACAAGGUUCUUGAUCCAAACUGGCUGGAAGUUGGUGAUGACAUCAAUAUGGUUGGAAAGCAGAUAGCCAGGAUGUUAUAUGCCGACCUCUUGGGCGAAGUCGUAACCGAAUUCAUCGCAGGAUCGGUGGUUUCACCAAGAUCAAAUUCACAACCUCCAAUGUAUCGUUGAUAUGGUAACAAAGUAUAAUGGCGAGUUGGGUUUUUCCCGUGCAAACAUCGAGCACAGUAUAUGCUAGUAUAACUGUAAGCCUGUGAGCUCCUUUCAAAGUGCACAUAUGCAACAGUUUUUCUGGUCUACAACAUGGCAAAUGUCAUUACAAAGAGGAGAACAUGAAUGCAUGAUGACAGGCCAACUGUACAGAUGUGAGCUUUUUUCUAGGUGAUCUUUGCUUCGUUAUUUGUCCUUCAAAGUAUUAGACAUUUAUGUAUGAUUCAGUAAUUGCAAAAUAUGCAAAAGCACAUAUUGACAUAUUAGAGGCUAAUGCCGAAAGGCUUUUUCCAACAAUGAGCAUGCAUGUGGUCUUUCUAAUCCAAGAUGAAUAUUUGAGUAUCUGAAAA